AGGCAUCGCUGGCAUUCGCGUGGGUUCCAGAUUAGAACAACCGUGGCUACUAAGAGUGUAUCUCAAGCAAAAACAGCAUCCCUGGCUGUAGAGGCAAGACGGGGCAGAGCCGCAGCACCACCUCCCGGGCACAAGGUCUAAACUAGAUCAAAAGACGCCGCCACCUCCAGAGGCGUCGCCGCAGCCGCAGCAGCAACAACAGCCGCCGCCGCCGCGGCCGCAGCAGCAGCCCCGCAGCAGCCGCAACAGCAGCAGCAGCAGCAGCCGCCGCAGCAGCUCUUGCGUACGACAUUUGAGAAAAUGAAAAGACGCCGCCGCGCCCACAUGCGCCGCCGCCCCCGCAGAACCAACAACAACAGCAGCAGUAGCAGCAGCAGCAGCAGCAGCGGCAGCAGCAGCAGCAGCAGCAGCAGCCGCAGCACCAGCCGCAGCAGCAGCCCCCGCAGCAGCCGGAACAGCAGCAGCAGCAGCAGCAGCCGCUGCCGCCGCCGCCACCGCAGCAGCAGCAGCAGCAGCCGCAGCAGCUCCUAUGAACGACAACUUAAGAAGAUGAAAAGACGCCGCCGCGCCCACAUGCGCCGCCGCCCCCGCAGAACCAACAACAACAGCAGCAGUAGCAGCAGCAGCAGCAGCAGCGGCAGAAGCAGCAGCAGCAGCAGCAGCAGCCGCAGCACCAGCCGCAGCAGCAGCCCCCGCAGCAGCCGCAACAGCAGCAGCAGCAGCAGCCGCUGCCGCCGCCGCCACCGCAGCAGCAGCAGCAGCAGCCGCAGCAGCUCCUACGAACGACAACUUAGGAAGAUGAAAAGACGCCACCACGCCCACAUACGCCGCCGCCCCCGCAGCAGCAGCAGAAGGAGCAGCAACCGCAGCAGCAGCAGCCGCCGCCGCCACAGCAGCAGCAGCCGCAGCAGCUCCUACGAACGACAACUUAAGAAGAUGAAAAGACGCCACCGCGCCCACAUGCGCCGCCGCCCCCGCAGCCGCAACAACAACAGCAGCAGCAGCAGCAGAAGGAGCAGCAACCGCAGCAGCAGCCGCCGCCGCCGCAGCAGCAGCAGCAGCCGCAGCAGCUCCUACGAACGACAACUUAAGAAGAUGAAAAGACGCCACCGCGCCCACAUGCGCCGCCGCCCCCGCAGCAGCAACAACAGCAGCAGCAGCAGCAGCAGCAGAAGGAGCAGCAACCGCAGCAGCAGCCGCCGCCGCCGCCGCAGCACCAGCAGCAGCAGCAGCAGAAGCCGCAGCAGCUGCAUAACCUGCAAGCGCCCGCUACCACGCUCGGCCCGGUGUCGCCGCCGCCGCAGCAGCAGCAGCAGCAGCAGCAGCAGCGGCCAUUGCAAAGGAGCACGAAGCAAAGGGCAUUAUCGCCGCCACAACCAGGUGCCGCACCAGCACGCUCACGCUGGAAAGCGGAGAUGCAGCGCAAGCAGCAGUUGCGCACCGAGGCCGAAGAGGGGACGGUGUCGCAGCAACUGCCGACGCCGACAUUGCAGCAGCUGUUGCGAUAUCGGCCGCGAAUCGACAACAAACGCAGGUCCUACUAAACAACCGCAGGCCACAAAUGUUACAAAUGAAGCGACACCCGGCCCCCAUACAUAUGGGGUAGUCAAUGCUUCAACAGAAACCAAUGAAGACCCCGUGCCUUCAACAUCCAGAAAUGGGGCGAGCCAACACAGUGACGGUAUGGAUCACUGGAUAGCGCAUGACGCGCACAAACUCUUUAAAGGUAAUUUGGAAGAAGCUUUGUCAACUACUCCUGUGGACGCGUCCACGCGGGAGGAGACAACAAAAAGCUCCCUCACCGCGUUCAUCACAAAGGCCAAGGAAGUGGCCCAAAGCAUCAGGAACGGAGAUCGAACCUAUUUGCUAAGAGAAGUCCUCGAAAUUUUGAAGGGCGCAGUGCUGUACUUUCUGCAGCAGCAGAGUUUCUUCGCGUGUGCCUCUGGCUUCACGCAAAGAGUCAUAAUAACCGCGAUAGAUUGGGCUAUUAGAGAACUAGAAGUUCAAUUCAAGGGCACACGCUAAGUUUGAUUUUUCCUUUUAGGCCUUUCUUAUUUUUUUAUUUUUCAAAUAAAUUUUCGCGCAAAGCGUUCUGCAAGUA